AUAUAUGCGCGAUCCCGGGUUGGAAGGAUAGGCCCGCCCCAAUGUGCGAAAAGCAGAGUAGGUAAUCGUUGAGGGUGGACGCUGACAAUUAUUUGCGUUUUUAAACGCCUGUGAGUGAACGCGCGCGCACUGGCCGUAAGGAAAGCGGAGCGGGGUUUGAACCAAAGUUGCUUCGCCUUGGCGGUAAGAUGGCGGAGGCACUCGGGGUGGCGGACACCCGCCGGCUGCACAGCAAGCCGCAGGAUCUCAACGAUGCUUACGGGCCUCCCAGCAACUUCCUGGAGAUCGACAUCUUCAACCCGCACACCGUCGGCGUGGGCAGGACCAAGUACACCACCUACGAGGUCCGCAUGAGGACCAACCUCCCUAUUUUUAAGAUGAAAGAUUCGUGCGUGCGCAGACGAUACAGCGACUUUGAAUGGUUAAAAAGUGAAUUGGAGCGAGACAGCAAGAUUGUUGUGCCACCAUUACCCGGAAAAGCUUUGAAACGACAGCUUCCGUUUAGAAUGGAUGAAGGAAUUUUUGAAGAAUCCUUUAUAGAAGAAAGAAGAGUUGGAUUAGAACAAUUCAUUAACAAAAUUGCAGGUCAUCCACUGGCCCAGAAUGAACGCUGCCUCCACAUGUUCUUGCAAGACGAAUGCAUCGAUAGGAAUUAUGUACCUGGCAAAGUACGUCAAUAGAUUCUUUGUAAGUGGACUUCUAAAGACUAAUAGGGAAGCAAAUGUGAGUCACCUGCAGCGCUUUGGAUGGAAAGGCUGUUGACCUGAAGACAAUUACAGUUGUUAGUCUCAAUGUUAAUCUGCUGCCCUGCUGUCUUGUUGCUCUUUCAUCUUUUCUGACCUUAAUUUGUUCUUCUAUCCUGUUUACUGCUUGUACUCGAUACUUGUGCAUCAACGUUUUUGCUGUAGCGAUCUUUAGCAAUACCAUUUGUAUUCCUGCCAUUUUGAAUUGAGGAACAAUUGUUUUUUUAAUUUCAACAGUUAUCGAAGGAAAGGUUUAACAAAUGGGGUGGGACAUGAGGAAAGUCUUCAAAUAUUUAUCAGCCAAGGCAGUUCAGUGACCUAAUUGAUGCUGAUUUACUUUGAAAUGGGCCCUCUAUUUUGGACGUAUUCAUAACAUUUGAAAUUGCCUUUUGUUGUGGGAAGCUUGUUUUUUCCUUGUGGAUUGUAAUGUGUGAAGCCUGUUAUUUCAUGGUUCAAUACUUCUAUCAAUAUUUGCCCCAGCUUGGGGGAUAACCCAUUAUUAAGACCUUGGUGUUUACAAUGUUUCCGCAUGUAGACCCAAAAGUGAAAAUAGAGUGUUGCCACGGUUGGUUUGGAGCAAUGAAUGAACCUGAAGGCCAAGGAGGCAGACCAAGCUGCUGGCAAAUUGGAGAUUGCUGAAAUGCAGUGACCUAUGUAUAGCCUGGAGCUUUCCUGUUUCACCAGGGUGAAGGGAGGAGUGAAGAAAACCAUUCACUAUAUUUUUGGUUCAUUGAGUUGGAGAUGUGCAUAAUAUUUUGGGACCAAAUGGAUUUGGAAUAUCCAGUUUCUUAGCUGGGUGUGGAAUAGUAAUUGAAACAAAUGCACUAAUACAUUGGGACUGUUCAGUUUAUACUUCUGGGAAUACUGAACUAGAUGUAUAACUCUGUAUCCUAUCUAUGAAUGGGUAUGUACAAUAUGCUCUGCACUUGAAGAUUGAUUCUCUCAGUGUAGGGGUGAUGCUCUAGGAGAAUCUUUGCCAAAGAUCAUUGCAAAAUGCAAUCUGUCUCUCCCUCCAGAAACCAGAAAUGAAUCUGAUUUUUGUUUAGUGGAUAAACUGGCAUAAGGAGCUGACAGUUGAAUCUUGUAUUCAGCAUUGUUGCCAAUAAUGUGUCCUCCUGACCUAUUCGACACUUAAAGCAGAGUUUUCUGUAAAUUCACUUUGUACUAUUAUAUUGGUUUUAUUUAGAUGCCUUUUGUGUGUCACUGAGAAAGGAUUACUCUUACUAUGUUAAGCAGCUUUCUCUUGAUCUAACAGAUGUGUCCACUUAUUGCAUUCAUAAUAAACCACUGUAAAAAUCA